ACAAUACAAACAUUACGCUAUGCUAUGAAACGCAAAUUGUAAGCUCUACCAUUCAUAAACGAUCGAUCAGCUUCAUUCAGUAUUCGAACGUGCUCUCGACCAAUCACAAUUAUCACGAAACGAUGGAAGCGUUUCUCCUCAUAUCGGCCCUAGUGGGUGCCCUCAUACUACUCUACCGAUACGCCACGGCCUUCGCCAAUUACUUCAACCAACGGGGCAUCAAAUAUCGCAAGCCGACCUUCCUGCUCGGCAACCUGGGUCCCAUCUUGUUCCAGCGCACCACACCGGUGGCCAAUCUGACCGAUCUCUACCGGGAAUUCGCUGGCGAGAAGGUGUACGGCUUCUACGAGUUUCGCCGACCGACGAUUAUCCUGCGAGAUUUGCAGCUCAUCAAGCGGGUGUUCGUCAAGGACUUCAACCACUUCACGAACCACACCGCGCCGGUUGACGAACACAUGGAUUCGAUCCUAGGUAAUGGAUUGAUUUCGCUGGAGGGGCAGAAGUGGCGGGAUAUGCGGGCGAUGUUGAGUCCGAUGUUCACCGGAAACAAAAUACGACAUAUGGUUCCGCUGGUGGGGAAGUGUGCGGAGGAUUUGUGUCGGUUUGUGGAACGAGAGACGGACGAGGUGGAAUGGGACGUCAGGGAGCUGUUGGCCAAGUGUUUGGUGGAGGUGAUUGGAUCGUGUGCGUUCGGGAUCGAGGUGGAUUCGUUCAACGAUCCGGAUAAUGAGUUCGACAGAGUGGCGAAGUAUUUGAUGAAUCAAUCGGAUGUCAGGAAGGUGGCGAGGUUUCUGCUGAUAAUGGUGUUUCCGAAAAUGUGUAAGCAGUUCGGGAUGGAGUUGUUCGAUGAUAAGUACAAGCGGUUGUUCCGUCGAUUGGUUAGCGAAACGAUGCUGAAACGUGAGAGCGACGGAGUUAGCCGGCCAGAUUUGAUUCAGUUACUGAUGCUGGCCAGACGCGGAAAACUGGAAGCCGAUAAGGAUGUUGAGGGAGAAUCGUUUGCAGCUGCGAAUGACUACUUGGAAACUGGUACCGAUGACGUCAAAAGAUCCUGGAGUGACGACGAGUUGACAGCCCAGGCCGUGAUAUUCUUUGCAGCGGGUUUCGACACCACUUCGACGCUUCUCAGCUUUACGCUUAUGGAGCUUGCCAUUCACCCGGAGAUCCAGGAUCGGCUGUUCGAAGAAAUCAAAUCGGUACAGCGAUCUGACUCGGUAAUAUCUUACGAACAGAUUCAAAGCCUUGAAUAUCUGGACGCCGUGAUAUCCGAGUCCUUGAGAAAAUGGCCACCCCUAACCGCAACGGAUCGAAAGUGCACCAAAGAUUACCUCAUGGUUGAUCCAGAAGACGGCAGUCCUAUGUUUUCAAUAGAAGAAGGCUACUCAGUGUGGGUUCCAAUCUACUGCUUCCAUCACGACCCAAAAUACUUCCCCAACCCGGAAAAAUUCGACCCCGAUCGCUUCAAUCGAGUCAACCGCCAUCAAUUGAACCCAGCAGCCUACAUGCCAUUUGGCGUCGGACCUCGCAACUGCAUCGGAUCCCGCUUCGCUCUGAUGUCUGCCAAGAUGAUCCUCCUCCGAUUGCUGCGCAGCUUCCGCGUAGAAGUCUGUCCAAAAACCGACACAACUUUGCAGCUGUCCAAGACAAAGAUGAACAUGACGUUGGAGAAGGGUCACUGGGUCUACCUGAAGCGGAGAAGUUGAAGCUUGAUGAUUUAAAUAAACGAUUUAUUGACCACACAAAUUAAA